AUGGCGGUGAUCUGCUAUCAAGAAUGUCAGUUUGUCUUUAUGAGGUCCGGAAAGUAUGUCUGUAGUCGGUAUAAUCCGGGGACGGGGGAAAGCGACCAAGGCGCUGGAGUUCCUGUUGUGGUUAGUACGCUGCGCAGAAGCAGUCCUCAGAGGGUUAAAUUUCAGGGGCAAUACGAGCAUCUAGCUGUCAGUCAGGUUAGAAGGGUUAGUAGGCAAGAGUCCAGCAGCUCAAUGACGGGGUGUAAGGGGAUAAAGAAUUGGGAGAUUCCAGAACGGGUAGUGUACGAGAAGAUCCAUAACGUAUGGGAGCGACGUCGACCGGCCGAGUUCGAGACCUAG